AUGACCCGAAUUGGGGGUUGCUGCGCCGCUUCGGUCUGGGCUCUGGGCUCUGGGCUCUGGGCUCAAACACCUCUAAACUCUAGACUCCACGCCACUACUUCCCCAGAACCUACCCUCCAUAAGGUAGAUCCCACUGCCACUACCGCUGCCGCUACGGUACAAGUGCACGUCAACCUUUCUCCUCUCCCCUCUUCUCUUCUCCUCUUCCUCUUCAUACUCAGCUUCAUUAUCCCCGUCACACAACGAAGCAAGAAUUACCACUACAUUGACCCCCGUAUAACUGCCUCCGCCGUUCUUUUUGGUAUUGCGACCUUGCGAACCGAGAACAUUACGCUGCUAUUGGGCGCUCACCAGCUUCACCGAGUGGCCUCUGACGUACCGCCCCGAGUUCAAACACUAUCAUUUAUCUUGACGCUUACCGACAUCACCACCGAUUCUUACCCAGCCAAUUUGAGAGACGAUAGAACAUAUACGCAUUCAUUCUUGACCACGCGCAAUGCCACCUUGUAUCACACUUGCAUAGGCAUCUCUAACAUCUACCUGCGGAACCCACACCAGACUGUUCAUCUUUGUGGGCGCAAUCCUCGACACCGGCGUGGUUGA